CGGUGUUUAAAUCGUUUAAAUAGGUGAUUUUCCAAUGGUUUAGCUUUUUUUACUCAAUUUCUAACCGAAAAAUACUAAACGAUGAACAUGUGCAGAACCUGCCUUAAAACUCCAGCUGAUAAGCGUAUUUUGGAGCUGCAAAAGGUCAUAAAAGAUGGCAACAAGAACUCUUUCCACGUUAUGCUGUUUUGUUUAGAUAUAGAGGUCAUCGAAGACUCUAAAAUAACAACGAAUUUAUGUAAUAAUUGCUACAGAAAAAUCAUAUCGUUUUACAAGUUUAAGACUCGAUCCCUAAAAAAUGAUGCAUAUUUAAAGUCUCUAGAGUUUCUAGAGCCAGCUGUGCAGUUGGAAGAUCAGAAAUUGUCUGUGUAUGUGGAUGAAAACGGAAUUAAACACGAGAAUUUCUUAGAUCCUGGUGAUUUUGGCCCCAGUCUCAUGGAAGACAAUACAGGAUUUAAAAUAAAAGUAGAGAUUAAGGAAGACGAGUCAGUAGGAGAUAUUGAAAUAAAUGUUAAGAAUGAAGACACAUUGCCACAUCCAGAAUCAGAUGAAGAGCCGUUGAGUGUGAUACAGAAGGUUAAAUAUGAAAAUGUUAAAAAUGAUUGUAAAGAAAAUGCUCCAGUACGCAAAAAACGUGGACGUCUCAAAAAUGUAAAAUUACCAGAAAAAGGAAAGGUGAAAGAAGAGUGUCAAGUGUGCGAGGAGUGUGGCAAGUCCGUCCGUCACCUUAAGGUUCAUUCCCUUCUUCACCGGCGAAAGGGUGAGAGGCAGAUGAUGCAGUGUAAGCUCUGCCCAAAGCUCUUCAAUACUGACUCAGGUCGAACCAGACAUUACCGUAAAAUCCACUUAGGCUUAACUGAUGUAAGCAAAUCUGUAUGUGAUAUUUGUAAUAAAGAGUACAGACAUCUGAAGGGACAUGUAAUGAUGAUGCAUAAUAAGGAAAGUUUACCAUAUGGCUGUGUGUCGUGCCCGCGUCGGUACAUGUGCCGCUCGGCGCUUGAAAGACAUAUGGCCAAGCAUGUUGGUGUGCCCGAGCUUCUAUAUGAGUGUGAUAUAUGCAAAAGAAGGUUCCGCACCAAGAAUAUUGUGUCAAAUCAUAUACGGAAGUACCAUUUAAAUGAAAAGAAUUAUCAAUGUGAAAUUUGUUCGAAAACUUUUUUCGAUAAACAACCAUUUAUUAAUCAUAUGGACUCGCACUCUAACGAGCGACGAUACAAAUGCAAGGAGUGCGGCCUAGGGCUCAAGACACAGGAAACGCUUCGAAAACACAUUAUUGUGGUUCACAGCGACGCCAGGAAGUACCCGUGUACAGUGUGCAGCAAGAGCUUCAAGAUAUCAGCGUACCUCAGGAACCACAUGCGAACACACACGAAGGAGAAGCCUUAUCCGUGCCGAUUCUGCGACAUGCGCUUCCGCCGCCCACACCACCUCAAGCGACACGAGUUCUGCAUUCACAAGAAUAUGAAAGCCGAAUGAGUUGCAAUCUCUUCACAACUUACAGUUGAAACGAUUCUUGUUAUUAAGGAGACUUCUACAGGUACCUAU